AUCACAAAAGUGAUAACUGGAUCUGAUUUAUUUGGCAAAAUAUUUGAGAGCAUACUAGAAUUACAUACAGGAAGUAUAUCACUAGAAAUAUUAAGUGUUUGUAAAGUUAAAGAAGUCCAAUCUUCUGAAGAUGAAUCGUCAGCCAGUCCAGUAUCUGAUAAUGAAUGUAAUACUAUGCAUUCUUUUAGUGCAACUAAAGAUGUUUAUAGUAACUGCAUAAUAUCAACAGCAAACCAAGAAUGUAUUGAUAAUAAGAAUUCAGAUAGUUCAGAUAAUUUCGAGAAUUCAAGAAGCGUUGAAAGUUUUUUGUACAAUAAUGCGGAGACUACAGAAUACAAAUAUGUGGGUCUGGUAAAUCAAGCAAUGACAUGUUACCUCAAUAGUCUUCUUCAAGCAUUGUAUAUGACCCCUGAAUUUAGAAAUGCUGUAUAUAGUUGGGAAUACAAGAAUUUAGAUAAAAAUACAGAAGACAAAUGUAUACCUUUUCAAUUGCAAAAACUAUUUCUUAAUUUACAGACAUCAUCUAAACCAGCAGUAGAAACUACAUCUUUAACUACAAGUUUUGGAUGGAAUUAUCAUGACGCAUGGGACCAACAUGAUAUUCAAGAAUUGUGUCGAGUAAUGUUUGAUGCACUCGAACAAACAUUUAAAAAUACAAAACAAGCUGACCUCAUCAGUGGACUUUACGAAGGAAAGAUAAAUGAUUACGUAAAGUGCCUAACAUGUCAUACGGAAAAAUCUAGAGAAGAUACUUUUCUUGAUAUUCCAUUACCUGUGAAACCUUUUGAUGCUAAUGUAGCAUAUAAAUGUGUGCAAGAUGCAUUAGAAGCAUUUGUGAAGUAUGAAACUUUGGAAGGAAACAAUCAAUAUUUUUGUGAAGAAUGCAAUCAAAUGUCCGAUGCUCACAAAGGAUUGAAAUUUACUAAAUUUCCAUAUAUUCUUACUUUACAAUUGAAACGAUUUGAUUUUGACCAAAAAUCGUUCCAUAGAAUCAAAUUAAAUGAUAAGGUAGCAUUUCCUGAUUUUUUAAAUUUGAAUUCUUUUAUUGAUUCAAAGUCUAAUCAGGAGUCUUCAAGUCACGAAGAUGAUGCUGGUAUCAAAGGUGAUGAUAGUUCUACUACUCAUAGUACAGUGGAUGAAGAAUGUGUAUUAAAUGAUGUGAAAAUGUCAAACAGUAAUUAUUUAAAUAAUCCUAAUCAAGAUGAUGACGAAGGUAUUGAUAUGAGACCUGGUAUGGUGUCAUGCAACGCAUAUAAUUAUUGUAUCCAAAAAUUACGGAAGGAAUAUGCAUCAACAAAAGGACCAUAUAUCUAUGAACUGUUUUCGAUUAUGAUUCACAGUGGUAGUGCUAGUGGAGGACAUUAUUACGCUUAUAUAAAAGACUUCAGAAAUAAGAAAUGGCAGUGUUUUAAUGAUCAAAAUGUUACACCUAUCGAUUCUUCUGAUAUUCCAAAAAUCUAUGGAGGUAGUACAAGGCCACCAUUUUAUACUGGAGCAUAUCGCAGUAGUACAAAUGCGUACAUGCUUAUGUACAGACAAAUUGAUUUGGCUCGCAACGUCUUACCUUUAAAAACGGAAGAUUUUCCACCUCAUAUUAAGGAUCUUCUUGAGAAGGUAAAAGGGAGCGAAAGAGUACGAAAUUAUCACGAGGAACAAUUUAAUACAGAAGUCAUCAAUGUUAAUUAUCGUUAUCCAGCAAAUGGUACUCUUCAAUCGGUCACUGUACCAGUUAAUAUAAACUAUACAUUGGCCCAAUUAACAGAAGCUGUUUAUAAGAAAAUCAAAUUUGAAAUUAAAGUUGAGCUUAAUCAAUGUCGUAUAGUGAGCUAUUUUACUAAAUUUUGUCUUAUCGAUCGAACUUACGAUGAUAAUACAACACUAGAUACCAUUUUUAAGGAUCGAUCAAAGAUUAAUAACUUACUAUUAGAUAUACGCUAUUCAAACAAUUUUGAGCUCUGUCCGUCCGAACCUAUUAUUACUCAGGUAUUUCUAGUCGACCCUGUAAAACAGGAUUUGAUUGAUUUUCCUAAGUAUGUGAGAGCGCAUGUGAAUCAAACCAUCAAAGAAUAUAAGCAGGAACUUAAAAAGUAUUUUGAUAUAGAUCCAAAUAUCAUACAACUAUUAUGCCCAGACAUACAACCAAAAAAAUUGGAGGACGACUUUGUAUUCGAAAUGCAGUACUCAAAUUGUAAUUUUAACAUCUGUGCUACAGAGAUAUCCGAAGCGGAGCCAGUGUUUUUUAAAAUGAGCGAAAAAGAGUACUUGAACAAUAUUUUUACAUUUGAUUUAGAUUUGGUUGAUAUUGAUAGAGAUGAACGUGAAUUUUUGAAUAUUCCACCUCUAAUUGAAAAUAACGAAGAAAAACAUGAAGAACAUAAUUCCAGUACUUAUCACUGUCCCAUAGAUGAGAUAUCAAAGCUUAAUAUGUCUUCGUUCAAAAAAUAUAAAUGUAAUAGUACUACGAAAGGGAUUGAUUUACAGGAAACAAGUAACAGUGAAGACAGCAGUUUAAGUGAUAGUGAUAGAACGUUAGUGGGUGACGUACCUGAGGAUUCGGAUUUCGAUUGUGAAAUAGCAGGUACCGGUAUCAAAAAUGAAGAUAUUGAAAUUAAGAAGUGUAUUAAAAUUACAGAUAUACCAAAUUCAAGAUGUGUAAAAGUAUCAAUCAGUGCUGGAAUUACAGAAGAUGAUUUGAGGGAAAGGUUACAAACUAAGUUACAUAUCCCUAAAGAUUGUUUCAGAAUAUUUGAAUUAGGAAAAGAGGAAAGUAAACUAUUUAAAUAUAACACUACAUUUACAAGAGGUAAUCAAUAUCGUAUUCAUUUAGGAAGAGUACCUAAUUGUGAUGAAAGAAAAGUAGAUAUUUAUAUUUUGAAAAUGGCAUCUUCUGAACCGCUACAAAAAUUGUUCACUAUAAAUCUUAAAAAGAACAUACAAAUUGAUAGUGCAAAAGAACAAAUACUAGCUGAGUUGAAAAGAAUAAAUGGUAUAGAAUUGCGUUAUGAACAAUGUAAUUUCAUGGGAAUAUGCGAUGGUAAAUUAUUAAGUAGGUUCUAUGAUGAACAAAGUUUCCACCUUACGUGUGAUGAAAUAUGUAUUCAAGAAAAAGAAAUAAAUGUUGAUAAAUCAUCACUGCAAGUCUUCUUAAGAAGGUGGAAUCGUUCAGAAAUGCAAUUAGAUGUUGUUCAGAGAAUAAUUAUCAAUACUGAUAACUUCAAUGAUCAGUUAAAAAAUAAUAUAAAUUCAAGGUUCAACAUCUCAAUUGAAAAUUUGGAAUUUUCUAUAUUAACUGUUAAAAAAAAUAUGGCAUCAGAAAAUCCAGAUUUAUACGACUGGACUUCAGAUAUAAAUUUUAAAGAUGUAGAUGUAUCAAAUUCUUACAUCUUAUGCAGGGAUUCCAAACAAACACCAAAAAGAUUAACUGAAAGAGAAACAAAUAAAAUACAUGUAGACAAGAAAAAUUUGUUGGAACGGGGACGCAUGGGAAUAUUUACUCCAAUGACUUCCAGUCCAAGAAAAGAGAAGGCACUUAAAAUACAUGUACAUUCUACAUGAUUUGAACAGAACUGAAUUUAUACUGAGGUGUACUUUCAGUAUUAAAUUAGUUAACUAUCAUUUCUUAAAGAAAAGGAAAACGAAAAUAU